AUGGGAUGGCCUCUGCUGCUUCUGCUGACUGCAGCGAGGCCCAUCUCCACCAACACAGCGGAGAUCCCCGCGGUCACCUUGGGCAACGGGCGCAGGUUCCCGCUCCUGGGUCUGGGCUGCGCCAGCGGUGUCAGGCAGUCGCAUGUGCUUUCAGCACUGGAGAUUGGGUAUCGGAACUUCGAUACCGCCCAAGCCUAUCAGUGGGGCUACCACGAGGAGGAGGUGGGCGAAGCUGUCUACCUAAGUGGCAUACCGCGCGAGGAACUGUUUCUGCAAAGCAAGAUACACCCAGAGGAUUUGGGCUACACAGCGACAAAGCAGGCGCUCGCGGUGUCGCUGCAGCGAUUGAACACCACGUACUUGGAUGCGAUUCUGCUGCACAAGCCGCGUUGCUGGCCUGGUGCUUGUGCUCGCCAUCCAGACGGCACCUGGCAGGAAAGUUGGCGGGCGUUGGAGGACAUGCUGGAUGAUGGUCUGGUUCAUGCGAUCGGCAUCUGUGACGUCGAUGAACCUUUAUUGGAGGAGCUGCUGCAACAGCGGCAGAAGCCUCACAUCAUCCAGAACUGGAUGGAUCCCUUCCACCAGGACCGGGAGGUGAGGCGAAGGUGCCGCGAGGCCGACAUCCAGUACCAAGCCUACAGCAGCCUCGGCACCCAGUGGCUCCACUUCAGGGGCCGCUCCUCUGCAAACCGGAAAGGUUUCGGGUUUCGGUGCCGGGGGCUUCACAGCCGAAGAGCGAGGAUGGUGAUAAAGCGUAAAUAG